CAUAUAUCAAGCCUAAACUUUCUAUUACGAGGACUGAAUUAUCUUAAAGAACAACAUUUCAUUAUAUUAAAAGGAUUUUGUGUUCCGAUAUAUUUCAUUAACUAUAUUAUAUAAAACAAAACUAUAACAAUAACUUCAAAGAGCAGCAAUGAUUGGAUACACCACAAUGUUGUUUGCUUUGGUCGUCAUACCUUUGGUCAUUGCUGGCCAAGGCGAACUCGUGAAAUGCACCCCGGGUGUAUAUGAGAUCAUCGGAAAUGCCGACUGCAAGGGCUACUCAUUGUGUGUGUUUGGGAAAGCCAUUGAGAUGCCGCCUUGUCCUCCUGGCUCCGUGUUCAGCUCCAGCUCCAGCGUUUGUGUUCCUAAAGGUUCUAUUUAUGACGACUGCAAGAAAACAACAGAUGGAAGCGGGAGCCACAUAACCGUAUCGCCGGAUCAAGGGCAGCUUAGUCCAGAGGAACGAUGUAACUUAGAUGGUGGCGUGUUCCCCCACCCCAGAAUGUCAAGCCUUUUACAACUGUAGUGUCCGUUACACACCAGAGAUUCCCCGGUUUUUCGAGCAACACCUUGUUGAGUGUCCCUACCCCAAGCUGUUCAACACCGAGACCAAACAAUGUGACCAUUUUGAGAAUGUCAAAUGUGGAACCAGGACGGAAUUCAAGGAUGGAUGUCAAUACAAAAGCAAUAUGUGCGGCAGCUCCCAUUGUAUCCCUUGUAACAUCCGACAACCAAGCUGUGAAGGUAAACGCGAUGGAAUAAACGCUCAUCCAGUCAAACUAUGGACCCCAUUCUUCGUCGUAUGUUACAAGGAGCGCACAGUCAAGGAGGGCCGAUGCCAAGCUGACGUAAACGGCCACACACAGUUGUUCCAUCCGGAAAGGAACGAAUGCGUUUCAUUGGAUAUGAUUCCUCGAGAACACGGGGGAAUGAUGCCUGAGUGCGGUACGAAAGUAGACGGGUUUUAUAUGGACGAUUUCGGAAGAUGUGACCGCUACGUUCAUUGCCAGGGAGGAAAGUACAUUGGCACGAUAAAAUGUGCUGUAGGAGAAGCGUUUGAUGAUACGAAAGGCGGAUGCGUUCCGGAAGAAAAAGCGUGUGGAUCCUGUGGGAAACUCAACCAUUGCUAAAUAAGUUGCAAGAAUGGUGCUCAUACUCAUAACUCAUAUCGCUAUUGACAUGACCUGUGCUUCUAAUUGAAAAAAAAAACAGAAGCACGCCAUGUGGCGUCACGUGGUAAUAUUAGCUUAAUUGACUGUGAUAUGUUUGACAAUUUGUUCCAAUAGACUUUCGAAACAACUUAAACACUAUGCUGGCUUCAAUUUAGUUUGCAUUUGUAUGAAAUAUGUUUAAUUCAAUUACUGAUAACGACGUUACAUGUAGACUUUAUUAUGUUAAAUGUUCAUUUAAAGUGUCUUGGCCCAAAUGUAUUAUUUAUUGAAUGUGUGCUUCUUUAACUCUGUGAUAUGAUAUUAGUUUGGAUAUGUUUCAAAAAAGUAACUGAUGAAAAUAUAUAUGUAGCACUGACAAUGAAAAGUUAGCUGAUAUUUAUCAGUUGGGAUAAAAACGGAAGAGAAUAGCCGAUUUAAAACAUUAUUUCUGUCUUGACACGAUGCAUAAUACAAUCAUCAUGUGCAAUAAAUAACUAUUUGUAAAUAGACUGUGAAAAAUCAUUAUAUUUUCAAUGUGGUUUGUCAUGUACAGUGCAUU